AUGGAUGGCAAUAGCGAUGACUUCGAGGAUAUCAUUACCCCUGGUACGGUUGUUCCACCUGUGCCGAACAACAGCCGUCGAACUUCCGACGCACUCAAGGACCCGGAGAUCAUAAGAUUCCGUUGCUGCAGUACAGCAUCCGCCAGCGGCACCACCCGGAGCCAUGGUAUGGUGCACUCGCCUGUCAUCCGCGCAAGCAUGGUUCAGCAUCUUCCCCAGCGGCUUAUGGGAAAGGACAAGGACGACGUCAUUAGCCUCAAGAGCGAGGGUGACAAUCAUGAACAGACUGACUGUGACAGCGACAAGUGGUCUAUUAUCUCUAUUGAUUCUGCUGUUGCGCUCGAUGACGACAGCGGUGACGACAGCGACAGCGACAGCGACGAGUCGACCAAGCACCGAAAGGUCGAGAGCGUGCCUGUGGCUCUGAAUCUGGAUAUGGUGAACGCGAAGCUGUGCGCUCAGGUCGGUGCCGCUCGUAUUCGAACUCCUGAGGUUCAGCACAUGCGAAUUCACCCUCGUUACUCAGCGAAGUGGGAGAAGGACCCGAAUUGGAGCAUGGCUGGCAAUACUCGUGCCCUCGCUACGCUUGCUUCGGCUUGA